GCAAAUUGUGGUGGGUUACGGACAAGAACAAGUCAGGAAGAGAAGCUGUUGAAAGGAGAUGAAAGUGCGGAGACCAGCCGCUGGAUCUGCCGAGGGCUCACUUGGACACUGGUGUUGAAUUAGGUUGGCAGCUUGACAAGGUCACCUUGCCUGGGAGGAAUAUUUCCCCCUCCAACUUUAAUCUGGCCCUGAAGAUCCUAUGUGGAUCCUAACCAGCCAUGCUAAAAACCUACCUGGAGCGCAGGCUUACUCUGGCACACGAGCUGGGGGACCUGUCGCCUGCUGAAAUCCAGCCUCCUGUUUCACACGCACCAGAGUAUCGAGAGCCAGGGUGGUGGGAGCUGACCGAGGGAGACCACCCUCGACUCCGGCAAUUUCAAUUUCCAAGCACGUAAUUAAAUCACAUUGACUCUCUCUACCACUGACGGGCUGUGGAUUUAUGGAGGCGCCAGGAAGCGGCUUUGAGUAUUGCCACGCGCAGCAUCGUGCCCCGUGAGGAAGAGACGUCGCCAGCUCGCCUGGCCCCGUGUCCGCGCCCUCGGGUUUAACCAUUCAAGGCCCCCGUGCAUGGCUUUCAUGCCCAAGGGACUCCUGCUGGCUGCAGCCGCGGCCUGAUCUGCUCCAGGCUCCCGUCGCUGCUCCCAAAUACUCCACGUAUCCAGAUGGGGUAACGUGACGGAGGGAGCGGCACGCAAGGAGCUCAUCCAACGCAGAGGCCUUUCGGGAGGGAGCCUGGCGGCCAGGCAGGCAGCAGCCCUCCAUUGCACACACGAAGGGAACUGACACUACGAAAAGGAAGACUGUUGUGGACUGUCAUCGUUAAUAUUAUUUGGCUUCUGGCACGGGGGGUCUUGGUGCGGGCCCGGUGCUGGGAAUAUUUGCACAACGUUUGUUCUGAAUCUCCCUCCCCGCACGCGCUGCACCCCACACCGCUGCACCAUGGCCCGUAUGAAUCGGCCGGCGCCCGUGGAGGUCUGCUACAAGAACAUGAGGUUCCUCAUCACCCACAACCCCACCAAUGCCACGCUCAGCACCUUCAUCGAGGACCUGAAGAAGUACGGCGCAACAACAGUCGUGAGGGUCUGCGAGGUGACCUAUGACAAGACCCCGCUGGAAAAGGAUGGCAUCACUGUCAUGGACUGGCCCUUUGAUGACGGCGCUCCUCCCCCCAGCAAGAUCGUGGAUGACUGGCUCAACCUGCUGAAGACCAAGUUUUGCGAAGACCCCGGCUGCUGCGUGGCAGUUCACUGUGUGGCUGGCCUGGGCCGGGCCCCAGUUCUCGUGGCGCUGGCUCUGAUCGAGAGCGGGAUGAAGUAUGAAGACGCCAUUCAGUUCAUUAGACAGAAGCGCCGUGGAGCCAUCAACAGCAAGCAGCUCACCUACCUGGAAAAGUACCGGCCAAAGCAGAGACUCCGAUUCAAGGACCCUCACAACCACAAGAACAAAUGCUGCAUCAUGUAACCUUGAUGACUUCUUGCCAAACCAACCACAUGCAGACACACAACCCGACACGCGCGCACAGGGCCAGGCAGCACCCGCGUUCCCAUGUAAAGGGGCAUGCUCUCUCUCAAAUGCCACCACACCCUUGGGAAGGUGCAGCCAAGGAGGGAGGCCGGGUGUGCAUUUGACCCUGGGCUUUCAUGGACAGUUUAGUGUGGCCCACUUCCCCAUCCUCUCCCUCCUUCUGUUCCACCCUCCAUCUCCCCACACAGAGUCAGGGCCUAAGUCCAUUGGGAUGCUUGGCUGGAAAGCAACCCUUUUAAACCCCUGCAAUAAGAGCCUGGUCCUUGCCAUGACAUCCUGGGCCUGGACAGGGGAGGGGAAGAGCGGAGCUGCAGCUGGGAAUGCAACAGCCACAAACCAGCCCUGGAUCAAAUGCCCAUUGAGGCUGGAGCCACCCACCUGAGCCCUUACAUGGGAUCUGCUGGGUUGUGCCCUGAGAUCCUGUUUGCAUGCCAGCCACAGCUGUCCAUCCUCCCUUCCUUCCCUUCCCACUCCAAACACACGCACGUGUGCGCACACCCACCCUUUCCCGUGCCGGGGGCUCACCUCACACCAAGACCGCACAUGGCUGCCGUCUGUCCCGGGAGGGCUCCCUCGGAGCGGGGCGCCGGUCAGUGACUUUGGGCCGGGGGGCAAGGAGAAGCAGCGUAUGUACAGACCACCACCCCAUGAAUCGCUUUGGUAAACUGACCCUGCCCUUAACUCGGCAGAGCUGAGCUCUCUGGCCGGAGAGUCUGUGCUAAGGGGACCUCUUCUCCCUCGCCCUCCUUUAGCGGGGAGCACGCGGCCCACCUGGAAGCUCUUUUCCUCCAACUUUAAAAUGCGUCUGUCUUGGGGAGGUGGUGUGGGCACAGGGACUGCUGGGGGUUGUGGCCCUAAAGGGUCUCCUUGCU